AUUCCUGACCCGGACUCAAAAGGCGACCAAUGACCGAAUAGAGCAGCUUUUGAGCUUCUGACGCAGAGUCGCAACUCAAUAUGGCUUCUGGGUCAAUGCGGGAGACCAUCAAGGCUCUCACCUCGACCUUCUCUGCGCCCACUGUGCCCUAUCCUCUUCCCGACGAGCUCCGCGCGACCGUGGAGGGAUUCCUAGAGCGCUAUGACGAUAUCGAGGACCACGAUUCGCAACGCUUCCACGAGGACCUGCUCUCGCUGUACAUGCGCCAUGUCGCCGGCAGCCCGGAGAAGCAGGGUCCUUUCCUCGGUGCACUGCGCCUGGCGCGGCCGGCACUCAAGGGCGAGUCAAGGUUGAGCGAGUGGUGGAACCUGGUGAUAAAGCCCACGAUCGACACAGUUGGACACAAGAGGCACGAGGUGGAGGAUGCGGAGGCAUUCCUGCAGAGCAUAUUGGUCUACGAUGCAGAGGAGGAUACGGAUGGCGAACACGCACGCCUCUCAGGCCUCUUCACCAGGAAAAUACUCGAGCUCUACCUUGCGCGGACCAAGGUGCCUUCGUCGGCAGAGGACGUCGUGUCUCCAGAGGACGACUACGUUUCGCAUGAACUCGAGUCAAUACUGGUAGCUUUUGGGCGCAGGAAACCGAAGGAUCUUCUCCUUGCUGUGGACGACCUAUUCGUGCAGAAGCAGCACCGCAUACAAGCUCUGUAUCUGUUGAAUGCGUUCGUGCGACUGCAAACGCCUCAUCUCCAUCUGGUGCUCGAGACACCCCUCAUCCAGCACCUGGAGAAAUGCUUGUUGAUCGAUACCUCCUCUACCGCCAUUGGGCUAGCCUUGGUGGCCCUUAUCAUGUUCCUCCCGCACAUCACUGCGGCCUUGACAUCUGAUCAUCACCUCCCGAAGCUCUUCCUAAUCUAUAGCAGGAUACUUUGCUGGGACAAGUUCGGUGGUCCGGAGGAUUCGACGGGCUCGGACGAGGCUCAAGAAAAGGAUGCAGAGGAAAGCUCGGAAGAAGGCGACUCGGAACCGGCUUGGGACCAAUUGCAACAGUCGAUGGACUAUCCUGAUACCUCUCCCCCUACGCUUCUUCAUUACUUCACCUUCCUGUACGGCCUUUUCCCGCUCAACUUCAUGAGCUUUAUACGGAAACCCAGGAAGUUCCUCAAGUCUCUGAACUUUCCUGGCGCUGACGACUUUGAUCUGGACCAGGAUCUCAUCCAUAGCCGGACAGAACCCUAUCGACGCGUUCACCUGUUGCACCCCAACAUGUUUACCACCACUAUUGAGGAUGAAAUCACGGAGAAUCGAUGGCUGAAGAGCGACCCUGCGGACGUGGUCAUGGAUUGCAUGGACCUGUGCGUGGCUGUCUCUACCACACUGGACGAUCCUGGACCACCGCCAGCUACGAAACUGCCUGACCUCCCCGUGCCGCCAAUUCCUGAUGCCCCUGCUGAAUUCGCUCUCGAUGAUGGGACUACCGCCAAUGAAUCGGCAAUUAGCUGGAGAAACACACAAUCAACGAUGUUCGCCCAAUCAACGAACGAUCAGCCGGAUAUGCCCGAGAGUUUCGAGAUCCCCCCAAAGUCGAAAUCGGUCAAAUCUGCCCGAUCCGCUUCUCCGCUACUGAAAUGCAGGGACGUGAUGGACUCGCCAACACUCCCUCCAGCAAAGGAGAGCCCCAGGAAGCAGAACUUCCUCGGCGCUCCUUUAGCGGCCCCACAUCGUGUAGCGGCACAUUCGUCGAGCCUUGAGGACUUCGCGCAAGCUGUGGGCGCGUCAGGCUCGCCUACUCAUUCGGAGUUCCAGAAUCAGAGCAUGGCUUCCUUGCAGCGGGAAAUCAUGCUUUUGCGAAACGACUUGAACUUCGAACGUUACCUGAAAUCCCAGCACCUGGCUCACAUCGGGCAGCUCCAGCGAAAGCAUAUCAAGGAGGCAACGGCUGAAGCAGACACUCAGAACCUGAUCAAUACGAACAAGAGCCUGAAAGCGAAGCUCGCCAAAAUGAAUGAGCAAUACGCUCAGCUGAAGAAAGAGACUCUGACCAGCAGAAGUCAAUCGAAGAAGUGGGAAGGCGAGCUCAGCGGGAAGGUCCGCUCCUACAGAGACGAUCAGAGGGUCUGGCAGAGCGAAGAGGAAAACCUGCGCUUCGAACUCAAGAAGACUCAGACGGACUGCGAGCACCUGAAGAAGAUCGUGGAGAAGGCAGAAGCCGAGCAGCUACGGGCCCAGCAAAGGACACAAGCACUGGAAUUCGAGCUUGAAGACUAUAGUAACAUGCGACGCGAACUGGAGGCUGCUCAAGACAAGAUCAUCUCGUACGAAGACCAGAGCAAGGAGCUCAACUCGCUCAUCCAGCAACGCAACGAGCUACGAAACGACUUAGAGAUUGCGAACAUGCGCUUGAACAGCCGCGAGUUGGAGCGCGAACGCUCUAUCAAAGCCUACGAGCGGCGAAUCAUGGAGCUUGAGUCACGAUUGCAAGCAGUGGAGAGGACUUCUGGCAGACCAGGGCAGCUCCCUUCAUCCGUACAGCAGAUGCUUGAUUCAGCAAUGGCCGCCAACAACGCCAAGUUAGAGAAGAUGAAGAAGAUGUAUCACCACAUGCAGGAUCACAAAACCGAGCUCGAAAUCAAGUAUCACGACCUUGAGGGCGAGCAUCAAGCGCUUCUCGGCCGCCUCCGCAGCCUUGAGAAAAGAGAUUAUCCGGAGGAGAAGGAUGCCAUGAGUCGCAAUUUCAGUGUGCGCUACAGCACGGCUUAUGACUCCAAAUACCUCCCGCCUCUAUCGGCUGAGCACGCUCCCCCAGAAGCUUACGAUUUCUACCCUGAAUACCAGUCACCGAUAUCUACGAGCAGCCCGUCGACCCCAGUGUCCCCGCCGCGACCGGUGCGACUUGAGUCACUGCCCACCCAGACCCGCCGGGAGCCACCAAAUGUGGGAUUCGGCCAGGACCUCUCCGCAGCUUACGACGCCUCCCUCAACGCCCACUUCCAGGCCCAGUCCCAGAAGGCACCCGAAACUGUCCACUCAAGUAACAAGAGUACUUUCUCCGUCGAUACCAGCAGCAGCAAGGGAGAGAAGAAAGACAAGGUGGUGCCGAAGUCCGAGGUCCGUGUCUUUGGUCGGGGCGGUGCUCAGAACAUCGGCAAGAAGGUCAAAGACCCCAAGGAGCCAAAGAAACCAGGACAAAGCAAGACGGGAGGCUUUCGGGGCCUGAAGGGCAUCAUGUAAGGAGUAAACGGCGCAGCAUCCACACCGUCAGCACUUCUUGACUCGGCAUUCGCUUCUCCACCUUUAUUCGAUACACCAAUCCGCGCACCAAGUGGACUGCAGUCUC